AUGGAUAGGCCUGUUGAGGAUCUGCCAUUGCUCUCCAAAGGCACCAAACCUAUGAACCCCAAUGACAUUGCAAAUUUAGAACAUGCCGUAAAUGAUGUAUAUGAAGCGCUUGUGGAUGACGAUGAUGACUACGAGCUUGAUGAAGAUGCAGUGUGGCUCCGUGAACAGAGAGAUUUAAAUAAAACCACCCACUGGCUAAAAAGACCUUCCGUGCUAAUGAUUGGGGUUCCCCUUUUCUUCUUUGCCCUUGCUUUUUCCAGUGGUGAUUCAACCAGAAGAAUGAUUACGUUCAAGUUGGCUUGUAACUACCUUUCUGGUAUGUCCAAAGAGGGUAAGUGUGACCCGAUUGGCACCCAAUUGUUAGUGUCGAAUUUAUACUUGACAUACAGCAUACUGGUGGCGGUCGUGACGAUGUUUGUCCAGGGUAAGAUAGGAAAGUUAUCUGACCAGUAUGGAAGAAAACCUUUCUUGAUUCUGAUUUUAGCGGUAUUUCUUAUUGCAAGGAUUUUCAAGUUCUAUGUAAUGUAUAGUCAUGAGUACCUUCGUUUUGGACUCAUGGUGGCUACAGAAAUCGCCGGAAACUUGACGGGUGGGUCGAUAUCAUUAAUUAGUUUGACCAAUUGCUAUAUUGCUGAUGUGGUUGAACCCCAUCAACGAAUUUAUUCCUUGGGGUUGGGAAUAGCCUGUCUUUUUGUCGGAUUGUCUAUUGGUCCUAUUUUGGGUAAUGCAUUAUUGUCAUUACCAGAACUGGUUCAUACAAAUAAAGAAACAAUACUGGACAUAAACAUGUAUAUGGACAUUUCUGAACGGGAAUAUCUCCCAUUAAAAUUUGAAAUCGUUGCGGUUUUCUUAGUAUUAAUGUUUAUCGUGUUUGUUAUGCCAGAGUCUAGGUCAGAAAAGGCAAGAUCCAAAUCAAGAGCAGGAUCGUUAUCUCGCUCAUCGCUGUCAGUUGAUGUUAGACCGCUGGAUAUAGAACUCGAUCAGCCUUCAAUUUUGACUCGUGUCGUUAGUGCCAUAAACUUCUUGAAGCCUUUGAAGCUUCUCUUGUUACCAAAUGAAGUGGCUCCAACACUGGACCCUGCCAAAUUGAGGCGUAUGCGAAUUGUCAUUGUAAUUUUGGUUACUGUUGAUUGUAUGCUUACGGCUAUUGGAAUUUCCUUGAUGGAGAUCUAUGUCUUAUUUGGAAUAUAUAAAUUUAAUUGGAGAUCAAUUGAGAUAGGUCACUCGUUAGCCAUCGCGUGCUCUUCAAGGGCAGUGAUUCUAAUAAUUUUGUCGCCUGUUAUUACCCAUAAGCUAUUACAGAAGGGCUUGCGGUUCAAGGUGUUGAAAAAUCAAUUUGAUAUGGUCGACUUUAGUGUUUGUGUUCUUGGUUUUGUCUUUGAAUCCAUAGGAUUAGUCGUCUUAAGUUUAGCCCCCUCAACUACUUGGUUUUUGAUUGGAAUGACACUUAUGAGUUUCGGUGCAUUAGCAAGCCCUUCUUUGAAUUCUGCUAUCAUAAAGUUCUAUCCGGAAUCUAAAAUUGGAGAACUUUUCGGUGCCACAUCUCUAUUGAAGAACAUUUUUACAUUGGCUGGCCCAGUGACGUUUCUUUCAAUAUAUAAGACUUCGUUAGCCCGGUGGAAUGCUCCCGGUGCUGUUUUCUUAGUUUGCAGUUUACUUAUGUUGUUGUGCUCAAUUUCAAUUUUUGUUGUUAAAAAGUUGUUAAACUUGGAUAGAAAUACAACACCUUCAUUAACAAGAAGAUCAUCAUCUAUUGCUUCAUCCAGCACCAAUCUUAACGAACGAUUGGCAUUACAAGGUCUGCUUGAAAAUAGUGAUUCGAAUGAUGAUCCGCUCAAUCGCAAGCCAAGCAUUGCCGAUAGUCAUAGAAAGAAGAGCUUUGUUCAAAUUCAAAGAAGUAUUCCACAGUGA